ACGUCGGUAAACAGAUUCGUCGAGUCCUCCCAGCACUUUACACACAAAGAGUAUUUACACCCGCCGUUGUUGCGGGGUUGAGCCGUGUUUUAUCAAUCGUAACUUAUCGUACUUUGUGUGCGGUUCUUCCGUAACACGAUCAGCUGAUUUUCGUUCUAAACCGUAAAGUGUGGGUGAAUCGCUCUUCGUUCCCAUCAUCGCGCAGUGACACACUUUUUGUUAUCAACAUUUUAACAUACUUCGAAAAACAGCAGGAGAACGAGAAUCGCACUUGAUGACUUACUCUUCGUAAUACAGUAUUGAGUGAGUUCCAGUCAGUCGGCUAGGAGAGCAUACAUAUGCGAGUGCGACCUUCCUAUUUAUAUAAAACAAAUGCAAAAUUGGCCAUCGCCUUCAGUUCAGUAGUUAAUUCCGUCUGAGUUCAUUCCAGUUUAGUAUUGAGUUGAGUGAAGAGAUAUUGAACACAAUAUACAGAAGUGCUAUCGAUUAACGGCAAUAAAACAGAGGAAUCACAACCAAGUUAUCUUAUCACUAAUCUUGAUAUUUACGGUAGUGCAAUAACAAAAGUUGUUCAAGUGAAAACGAGCGUGUGAGCAAGCCAGCAAGCGAAAGCCAUGACCUUAAAAUUAACCCAAUUUCGGAACUGUCGCCUGCUGCGAAACCAUCAAUUGGUGGUGGACGAUCUGUGGGUGCGGGCCGGGAAGGUGAUCGACCCGGAGAAGGUGUUUUUCGACGAGAAGCAGCAGGCGCACGUGCAGGUGGACUGCGGGGGAGCGAUCCUGGCGCCGGGUUUCAUCGAUUUGCAGAUCAAUGGUGGCUACGGUGUAGAUUUUUCCUACGACGUCGAUUCCGUUGAGGCUGGCGUCCGCAAGGUGGCCAAGGGCUUGUUAGCCCACGGUGUCACCUCAUUCUGUCCCACUCUGGUGACUUCUCCGCCGGAAACCUAUCACACCGUGCUGCCAAAAAUCCCAAAACGAGCCGGAGGUCAGCAUGGGGCGUCCAUUCUGGGGUGCCACGUGGAGGGACCGUUCAUUAACACCAACAAAAAGGGAGCCCACCCCCCGGAGUGCAUCAAGGAGUUUGACCAGGGUUUCCAAACGGCGCUGGAUGUGUACGGAUCGCUCGAAAACAUCAGCAUCAUUACGCUGGCUCCGGAAAAGGAACGAGCCUCGGAAGUUAUUCGUGAGUUGAGCAAUCGAGGCAUCACAGUUUCCGUAGGUCACUCAAUGGCAAACCUGUGCGAUGGCGAGGUAGCAGUUCAGCACGGAGCCCGGCUCAUUACGCACCUGUUCAACGCGAUGUUGCCGUUCCAUCACCGCGAUCCCGGACUAGUUGGCCUCCUCACGACCGAUAAAAUCCCGCCGAAUGCCCUCGUCUACUUUGGCAUCAUCUCCGAUGGUGUUCACACUCAUCCGGCGGCGCUGAGAAUCGCCUACAAAACGCACCCCGACGGAUUGAUACUCGUUACGGAUGCCAUCUCGGCGAUGGGCCUAAACGAUGGUCGCCACCGCAUUGGACAGUUUGACAUUGAGGUGCGCGCGGGUCGAGCGUAUGUCGCCGGAACGGACACACUGUGCGGCAGCAUUGCCCCCAUGGAUGAGUGCAUUCGGUUCUUCAAGAAAGCGUCGAAUUGCUCCAUCGAGUACGCCCUGGAGGCGGCCUCGCUCCAUCCGGCUCGCUGCCUCGGAAUCGAGCAGCAAAAGGGAACGCUCGAGUACGGUGCGGACGCGGAAUUUGUCGUGCUGGACGAUUCGCUGACGGUGCUGUCGACGUGGAUCGACGGCGACUGUGUGUACGAGUCCGGAUCGAGCCUAAAGUCCAACUACCGAACCAACGACAUCAUUUGAUGGAAGGAGGUCUAGUCUUGUGUGCCUUUAAAAAAAACUGCGAACAAAUUUUGUAUGAGAUCUGAUGUAAUCUGCAUUUUAUAAAUAAAAGUGUUUUAAAAUAGGUA